AUGCGCGCAUACUGGUAUGAUAACAAGCCGGGUGAUCAGCGCGAGCCCCAUGACUCCGGCCGCGCCGUAUCCGAAGAAGUCCUCGCCAACCUAGGCGUUCUGUACCACCACUGCCCGACAAUCGAGGCGGUCGAUACCCUGGCCUCGGCGCGCGGGUACAAGAACCGCGACCAGGUUUGCGUUUCGCCCGCGACUAUGGGUGAUGUCUACGAGGAGAAGGUGAAGAUGUUCUUUGCGGAGCAUUUGCAUGAGGAUGAGGAGAUCCGGUAUAUCCUGGAUGGGGAGGGGUACUUUGAUGUGCGGGGGCAGGAGGAUGAGUGGAUUCGGAUUUGUCUGAAUAAGGAUGAUAUGAUUAUCUUGCCUGCUGGGAUUUAUCAUCGGUUUACGACUAAUGAGCAAAACUACGUCAAGGCCAUGCGUCUCUUCCAAGACGAGCCUAAGUGGACUCCGCUGAACCGGGGCGCUGAGGUCGAUGGUAACCCUCAUCGCAAGAGUUAUGUGGAUACUGUUCUGCAGACUACUGCUGUGUAA